ACUAGAUAGUAAUGUUUUAUUGCCUUUUAUGUGAGCGUCUGUGGUUGCGUUGCACCAACAAGGAAGUGGCUGUGUCAGACAAAAAAUGGCACUGCGGAGAGCUGGUUGUCGUCUUUGGCCGGUCCAGAGGAUCACUCUUCAGACUGUCUUCUCUCAAACUCAAGCAACUGUUAAAUUCAAGGCAACAUGUCCAGUGGAAGUGAGUCAUGUGGACCAUUUCGUGCUUACUGUGAAAAGUGUGUCAGACACGAUCAACUUCUACACAUCAACUCUGGGCAUGGAGGUCGUCACUUUUAAGGGGAACCGUAAGGCUCUGGGCUUUGGGAAGCAGAAGUUUAACCUUCACCAACUCGGACAGGAGUUUGAGCCUAAAGCCAAGAAUCCCACCCCAGGCUCUGCCGACCUGUGUCUCAUCACCAAAACCCCUCUGACGGCAGUAGCCGCUCACCUGAAGGUGUGUGGAGUCCAGAUAGAAGAGGGCCCAGUGGAGAGGACUGGAGCAGCGGGGACAAUCACCUCUCUGUACUUUAGAGAUCCAGAUAAAAACCUCAUUGAAGUGUCCAAUUACAACCAGGAAACAUGAGACAAAUUUUAAGACUAAGAUGUCCUCUUGAGCUUCUUUGUAUCCCAAAAUCUACAACCGCUGUCUUUUGAUGUUUUCUGCUUUAAGCCGUAAUGAACAGUACUGGAGUAAACACAUGCACUUGAUUUACGCAGCAGUAGAUUGUAUUAGCUAGCAGGGUUAUUUUGUAUUGUUCCCUGCAACUGAUAUGAGGAAAUUAGUUUUUUAAUAUUAAUACAUCAUAAUAUUUGAUAUUAAUUUGAAUGUAAUUAUGCAUAUGUAUUCAAAUAUGAAUAUUUAAGUAGACAUGUCAAACUAAAAUGUGUGUAACACAGUUAUUAAUUAUAAUCUCUGCCUAUUUACUCACCUGUU